AUGGACCAAGUUAUCUCUGAGUGGGUGGGGAAGUGCAGACCCUGCCAGGAGUCUCGCCCCGAUCCCCCGGUAGCGCCCAUCCAAGAGUGGGAGAAACCAAAAGGGCCAUGGGGGAGGAUCCAUAUUGAUUUUGCUGGACCCUUCCACGGGCAAACGUUUUUAAUUGUAGUAGAUGCCUUUUCGAAAUGGCUCGAAAUCAUUUUAAUGCCCUCUACCACAGCCGAGGCUGUUAUUAAGGCCCUUCGCAAGCUGUUCGCCACACAUGGCCUACCGGAUACCCUAGUAUCUGACAACGGCCCUCAGUUCACAGCAACCCUGUUCGAGGGAUACUUGGCCGGACUGGGCAUCCGCCAUGCCCUAUCGGCCCCGUUCCACCCGGCUUCUAACGGAUUGGCCGAACGUUUUGUAAGAACGGCCAAAGAGGCCCUAUCCAGACUAGAUAACAGGGACUGGCAGGCCAGGAUAGAUCAAUUCUUAGCUGUCCAGCAUGCCACACCAUGCACAGCCACAGGGAGAAGCCCAGCAGAGCUCCUCAUGGGCAGGAAGCUCCGAUGCGUGUUAGAUAGGCUUCAUCCCAACUAUUCGCACGAAAACUUCAAGGGAGAGACCUCCGGACUAAGACAGUUUCAGGUUGGGUCCCCGGUGUUCGCUCGCAACUAUGCCAGCGGACCUCUAUGGGUUGCAGGAACCAUAGUGCCUUCAGACUUCCUGUUGCAAAAGGAAACGUGGAAAAUGGAAUGA